UUUGUUUUGGUGACCAACGCUGUCAAAAUAAAUGUUCUUUUAACUAAAAAGUAGGAUUUAAAUUGUAAAGCUUCAUCUUCAGUUAAAAUUAAACCUGGAUUUGUAAAAUUAUUUUAUUUUAUACGAAUAACUUGUUAACUUCUCUGCCAUUUGAUUCGCGAUACAGUGAACUCGACAUUUUCGGAUAUACAACUAGACAGGGUAGACUGAGAAAUCGUAAUGUCAGUGCGGAACAUAUGCUGUAUAGGGGCGGGAUACGUAGGGGGUCCUUCGUGCAGCGUGAUCGCCUACAAGUGUCCGGAUAUCACUGUGUCCGUAGUUGACCUCAGCCAACAGAGGAUUGACCAAUGGAACUCCGACAAUCUCCCCAUAUUUGAGCCAGGUCUGGAUGAAAUAGUGAAGUCUGUACGAGGCAAGAACCUGUUUUUCUCAACAGACAUCGACAAAAGCAUACAGGAGGCAGAUCUGAUUUUCAUCUGUGUAAACACACCCACAAAGAGCUAUGGUCUGGGAAAGGGAAGGGCAGCGGACUUGAAAUACAUUGAGUCGGCAGCGCGGAUGAUAGCGAAUGUGUCAUGCGUGUCUAAGAUUGUAGUGGAGAAGAGCACAGUUCCCGUCAAGGCCGCGGAGAGCAUUAGUAACAUUCUACGAGCCAAUCAUAAACCUGGCGUCAAAUAUCAGAUACUGUCCAACCCGGAGUUUUUGGCGGAGGGUACAGCGGUGACAGACCUAAUAAACCCUGACCGUGUUUUGAUUGGUGGAGAGCAGACACCCGAGGGACUCGUUGCAAUUAAGGCGCUCUCAGAUGUGUACCAUCGCUGGGUACCAGAGGAAAAUAUCGUCACUAUGAACACGUGGUCCUCGGAGCUUUCUAAGCUGGCGGCAAAUGCAUUCCUAGCCCAGAGGAUAUCGAGUAUCAAUGCCAUGUCAGCGGUGUGCGAGGCUACCGGCGCUGAUGUGUCAGAAGUCGCACACGCCAUCGGGAAGGACUCAAGAAUAGGGAACAAGUUUCUCAAGGCCAGUGUUGCCUCUAUAUUUGUAGGGUUUGGGGGCAGCUGUUUCCAGAAGGACGUGCUGAACCUCGUCUACCUGUGUGAAUGCCUCAACCUCCCAGAAGUGGCAGCAUACUGGCAACAGGUGAUUAACAUCAAUGACUUCCAGAGACGAAGAUUUGCCAACAGGAUUAUUGAGUGUCUCUUCAACACUGUCACUAACAAGAAAAUAGCAAUCUUUGGGUUCGCAUUUAAAAAGGACACAGGUGAUACUAGGGAAUCUGCAGCAAUCUAUGUGGCAAGCUAUCUGAUAGAAGAGGGAGCACAGAUUAGAAUAUAUGAUCCAAAGGUGGACAGAGCCCAGAUAUUCAGUGAGCUAACACACCCAGCAGUUUGUAACAACCCAGACAGAGUUGAGGAGCUGGUGACUAUUUGUGACGACCCAUACAGGGCAGCAGAGGAGACCCAUGCGGUGGUCGUGUGUACAGAGUGGGAUGAGUUUGUGACAUAUGACUACAAAAGACUGUAUGAAAACAUGUUAAAGCCGGCAUUCCUCUUCGAUGGCCGCGUUAUACUCAAUCACCAAUCACUGAUGGACAUUGGCUUUCAUGUGGAGACCAUAGGAAAACGACUUGCGAGAAACAAUGUUAACAGACCAAUAGCUGCAACCAACUAAUCAAAGUAUUAAGGGGAUAAGAUUGUUUAGAUAUGCAUUGAUUGUUAAGUGAAUGAGCUUUUUAAACCUUAAGAAACCAUAAGCUAUGUCUGUUAUAGCUUCUUGGUUUUUCACUGCCAUUAGAAAUAGGUAAAACACGCAAAAUUUUAUUUUAUUAUUCGUUUUAUAUUAUGAGGGGCGAAAGCGAAAAUAUUCUUUCUGCUUCCUUAUUUACUUUUUUCACAUUCACCCCUAGUUUGUAAGAAAGCUUAAGAAUACUCAUGAAUAUUUUUUUUAAAUUUGUUUUUUGUAAAAUGUUUAAUUAUCAGUCCUCAGUAACGAUUGGAACAUGACCAUGCCCAAAUUUCUCAAAACAUCUUGACCAUAACAUGCUUAAGUAAUAUCUUAAGCAUAGUAAGCUUAGGUAACAUUUUAAGCGUAACACCAUAUGUGUAACAAGCUUAAGUAACAUUUUAAGCAUGACAUUUAAAAAUAUCUUACUUCAUUUACAUAAGUUACCAGUUAUAACUUGAUUAAAAAAUAGUUUAUUGUGAUAAUUAUACAGAUAAUUUCCUAGAGAAGUCUCUCAGAGCACUUAAAAAUUAAAACACAAACAAAUUAAACCAAAACAAAAAGAUUGUAAAUACUAUACACUUAAGAUUGUUCAGGAAAAUUGGGGCAUUUACACUGCAUUUAGAGCUUUACCACAUUUUACAGCUGAAAGGGUUCUUUUUUUUUCUUACCUUUUUACAAAAGGAUCUGAUAAAUUGUAUUCAGGUACAUAAUUUGUGGAAAUACAUGUAUGUAGAUGAUUAAAAUCAUAUGUAUUGACAUUACUCUAUAUUGAUAUUAAGUGCAUCAUCUCCUUUUAAAAACAAGAAAGUAUUUAAGGGCCAAUUCAGUAAAACAUAUAACCUAGUCAAGGAAGGCAAAAUAAAGACAUUUAAGCAGAGGGUGCCUUUGUUUUAGGGGAGAUAUUAAGUGAAAUUAACUUCUGAAUGAGGACAGUUCAUUUUUUAUAGCAUCUUUUUAAGGAUUUGUUUUAUGUUUGAAUAAAUGCACCAUUAGUGGAAUGCUAGAUUAAUUGUUUUAUUUAACUAGAGUUGACCAUUUAUUUUUUUUAUUAUUUUUUAAUUGCAGGAAUAGGGAAAUAAUAUGAUGAUCCCGGGAGGAUUAUUUUUAUCUCAGCAGCAAAUUUCACAAGGUUUUUUGCAAGUAUUGAUUUUAGUGAAAACAUGUUGCAUGAAAAUAAAGUAUGUUUUAUUUGUAAAUAGAAUAUUUUAAUUCACUGUUUAUGUGUUUAUGUUUCUUUAUGUCGUUAUUUUACAAAGAGUUUGUAAGAUGAUGAGCUGUUGUGGGAACAAUUUUUUUAAAGUCAAAACACAAUUAUGACAAUAUUUAUCGUUAUAGCAGAUUUAUUCAUUAUUUGUGUACUUCUGUACAUUUCAUCUGUCUUCGGCAUUUGCAUUCUUUGAAGAUUAUUUAUUACACAAGAGUGACAUUUAUAUAUAGCAGCAAUUGUUAGACAAAAAAUAUAUUGUAACACAUGUGGUCAUUGUUGAGCAAUUGUUUUAAGCAAUGCACUGUUUUUUAAGUUCAGUAUUAAUACUUUAAUCAGGCUUGAGAGCUUUAAACUUCAGGCUUUUAUUUAAGAAAUAUAACACACCACUGAGGGUCAUAAGACAUUAUAAGGGCCGGCCAGUCAGCCACCGAAAGUGUAUAUGGACCAAGGCGUUAGCCGAGGUCCAUUCACCUUCAGGGUCUGACUGGCUGGUCCUUAUAAUGCCAUAUGGCCUGAAACGUGUAUUAUAUUCCUUAAAUUAUACCAAACAUUUCAUAUAACCAUUCAAUAUUAUGAAAGCACUUUUGAUGUGUUUAAUUAAAUAAAGCAAUUAAUGUUUACUGGCGACAAUUGUUCGCUGUUGUGCAAAUUGCAAGUCGUAUUCACCAUUUUUAUGAUGUCAGCGGUCCAUACUAUUUUUUGGCAAGGUGCUGACUGGCCAAAAAUAUGAUAUGGAAUGCUGAUGUCAUAAAACAGGAUUUUUGAUUAAAAUUCACUGAUAUACGGACCGAUCAACUUUAUACUGUAUGUACAUAUAAGGGACACAUUUAUGUAAGGUAUAACAUACAGUAUUAGAGACUGUUUUUUACAUACACAAUUGCAUAAAAAACAGCGGGAUGAAUCUUAAAAUGAAUAUAAAAAAACUUUUUGAGUAAUUUUCAAAAGGGGUCUAAGCCCCUUAACCAUGCUUUGGGCAUGAAUCUCUCAAACAGACCCCUGGCCCCAAUAUCUUGAAACUUCUUAAGUCUCUUAUAACAGGAUUUAGUAAUUUAAAAGCUCAUUUUAUUUUCUAUAACUUGUGUUAUUUUAACAUCAUUUAGAUUUUUUAGACUUUAAAUAGAAAUUAUCUUUAUAAUAAUCACAAUUAACCAUUUUUUAAUUUUCAAAAUCAAUUUUAAGUUUUAUUUUGGCCGGAAUUCCACGGAUCUUAUGGCCCCAGGGACCCCCCCCCCCCCCAGCUGAUUUAAAGUUACCAGAGUGCUUUUGGUUGUUUGAGUUGAUAUUCAACUUUAAAGUCAGAAGAACCCCUAAAAAGAGCUUCUAAAAAGGCAGUUUUUCUUCUACGGCAGUGUGCUUUUGACCCCAUAAGUGCCCCAAGAACCCAUCAGCCCUCCAGCUUCCAGGUCAAUCACAUCCCUGACAAGGAAUGAGCAUUAAUGGGGCACUUGAAAUUGUCAAUGUUCAAUUCAUAAUGUGUAUGUGUUGUAACUUUUAAUACUAACUAAUUUUUUAUGAGCACCUUAACUGUUACCUUUACUUUAGUGUCAAAAUUAUGUAUAUUUAUUAUCUUUAUACUUAUUUCUAAAAAUUUACUGUACAAUAUGUCCAAUAAAUAUCAAUAGUUCAUUAUCAUCAAAGAGGGCUCUGUCAUAGAAGGGCACACAACAGGGCAGGGUGGAAAGGCAGCAGGGGUCAGAAAAGCGCAGGAGGUUGCUCACCCCCCUCAGCUAUUUAGGCCUUGAUGGAACACUGAUGACUUGUUAAAUCUUGCACAUACACCUUCAUUAAGUUUUGUAUUUCAUAUUUAUUAUAAAUGAGAAAACCUAAAAUCUGUCUUAACUUAUUUCAAACUAUGCUGUUUUUAAAACGAUAAUGUGUGAUAGAUGUUUAUUGAUUUGAGCAAAUUUUUGGCUUUGAAAUGUGUGAUAUUAUAAUGUUAUUAGUAAGUUGAUUUCAUAUUGGUCUAGUUAUUUUGUCCAAGGUCAGCUGUAUUGUCCUGAGGCAGAAUUGAUAAUUAACUAUUACAUAUGCUACGUCAUUUUGGUUAAAAACAUUCAUAUACCUUAUAAUUACCUUAUUAUUGGAGCUUUUUUCCUUUUAUCAUUCAUGGAUUCUUAUUUUCUGGACUGGGCUUUGCUGAUUUUGACAUGCAUCUCUUAUAGAAAUAUUGCAACGACUUAUGAGGCAUAUCUUUUUGUGAUUUUUUCAUAAACUGUUCAUGAAAAUUUUAAAAUGCUUAUGUGCCAACUGGUCGAUUUUUUUGGGCAAGUUUUGGCAUAUAUGUUGUCAAUUAUCAAGUAUUAGUACUAAGAUGGUCGCAGUAUUGUGUCAAGCAGUAUUGUGUCAAAUACGUAAUAGUUGAUUAAUAAACAUAUGUCUUAAGUCAACAAACUACACAUAUAAAGUUUCUAGUCUGUAAACUUGUGUAUCUUUGUAUGUUCUGCAGAUAUAUAUUUGACAGCUGUAUAUGUGUGUGAGUGUUUGUGUUUGGUUUAUAUAAUGGAGUUGCUGGGACCAUGUAUUUGUUCAUAUAAUUUUGGUUUUCUGUUAUAAGUAUAUGGUUAUUUUUCUGUAAAUUUCAUUGAAAUUGAAGAGGUGUGCAAUUGAUAAAUUUUUAAAAGAUGCAAAGAAAUUACUUAUCAGAAUGUUUUUUGUUAAACUGGGCCAGUUUCCAUAUCAGUGAAAAAAUAACCAUUUGCAAAAUUUGGGAUUCUGCAAUUUCUGACAUGUCUAACUACUAAUCUUAAAUGUUGGACUUCUUACUGUGUAGGAAGGUAUACUUCAACUUUAUAACUGUGCAUAAUACUGCAGUAGUAGCAUGUCAUGUUCUUAAUUUGUUAUAUAUAAAUAUAUGUAUUAAAAGUCAUCAUGGCGAUGACCGAAGGCUUAUGAAAUUAACUGGUUUACCCAGAAAGUAUAUUUAUAUCUAUGCUUAUCUAAGCCUUUUUUAUUAGAUAGCUAGUAUUAUAAAUCUUCUGAAAUCCAUUUGCAAAUUCAUGUAUAAGAUUUUGGUGCUUGUUUGUAGACAUAAGCUCUUAUUUAGAAUUCAAUUGAUGUACUGACUAUUUAAUUAAAACCUUUUUAUUAGCAGCAAUUAAAAUAAAAAAUAAAGGAUUAUUGUGUUUUAUAAUGAUAUGCUUUGAAACCAGAUAAAAGAUGUUUAAAAAGAACGAUAAACAAUCCCAAAGUUGAAUUGAUUCCUUCACCAUAGAUAAACGUGCUUGAAGGAGUAUUUAAAAACCAAUUGGUAUGUAUCACAACAGUAUUUGAAUUACAUUAGCUACCUUGAGCUUUAAACUGAAAUGCUUUCUAUACAAAUGUUAUAACCUAUUUUUAUUCAGAGCAAUAAAUGUGAUUGAAAUCCA